GCUGUUCGUUAAGUCUCCACAUUGAAGUAUACAUACCAUUAAUUAAUUCUAUUUCCAUCAUUAACUUUCAAUUCGGCUAAUGGACACAUCAUUGGUGUUUACCGUGAGGAGGCGUGAGCCAGAGCUGAUAGCUCCGGCGAAACCCACCCCUCGCGAAGUGAAGCUACUAUCCGACAUAGAUGACCAAGAUGGGUUACGGUUCCAAAUUCCGGUGAUACAGAUCUAUCGCCACGACCCAUCCAUGGCAGGGAAAGACCCUGUUGAGGUUAUCAGAAAGGCUUUGGCCAAAACGCUUGUGUUCUACUAUCCUUUUGCUGGUAGGCUCAGGGAAGGACGUGAUCGGAAACUGAUGGUGGAUUGUACUGGGGAAUUAGGUGUUUUGUUCAUUGAGGCUGAUGCAGAUGUCACUCUUAAGCAUUUUGGUGAUGCUCUUCAACCUCCUUUCCCAUGCUGGGAGGAACUCCUUUAUGAUGUUCCUGGUUCCCAAGGAGUUCUUAACACUCCCCUCCUGCUUAUACAGGUAACGCGGCUCAAGUGCGGGGGUUUCAUAUUGACUCUCCGGCUGAACCACACGAUGAGCGACGCAGCCGGUCUGGUCCAAUUCAUGAGCGCGCUGGGCGAAAUAGCUCGCGGGAGGCACGAGCCAUCGGUCCCACCACUGUGGCGCAGAGAGCUCCUGAACGCGCGGGACCCACCAAGAGUCACGUGCACCCACCGCGAAUACGAACAAGUCCCCGACACCAAAGGCACCAUCAUCCCCUUAGACGACAUGGCCCAUCGCUCUUUCUUCUUCGGCCCCAGCGAGGUGUCCGCCAUCCGCCGCCUCAUCCCACGCGCCGAUCAAUGCUCCUCCUCCAACUUCGAGGUUCUCACCGCAUGCCUUUGGCGCUGCCGCACCAUAGCGCUGCAGCCAGACAAAGACGAGGAGGUUCGCAUCCUCUGCAUAGUCAACGCGCGCGCCAAGUUUGACCCACCUUUACCAAGUGGUUACUACGGCAACGCUUUUGCGUUCCCCGCUGCGGUCACCACUGCAGGGAAGCUGUGCGAGAAUCCUUUGGGAUACGCUGUCGAGUUGGUGAGAAAAGCGAAAGCGGACGUGACUGAGGAAUACAUGCACUCGGUGGCGAAUUUAAUGGUGGCCAAGGGACGGCCUCACUUCACUGUUGUGAGAUCCUAUGUUGUGUCAGAUGUGACUCGUGCUGGGUUUGGAAACGUUGAGUUUGGGUGGGGGAAGGCUGUUUAUGGAGGACCCGCCAAGGGAGGGGUUGGAGCCAUACCUGGUGUUGCUAGCUUUUACAUACCUUUCAAGAAUGCUAAAGGAGAGGAAGGGUUGGUUAUACCGGUUUGUUUGCCGUCUGAGGCCAUGGAGAGGUUUCAGAAGGAGUUGAACAGUGUGGUUAACAACCACAUCGUCCAACCUAGCAUCAUUGUUUCUUCCUUGUAGAUCGAUUCAAUACUAUUCCAGUUUUUACUUCGUGCCAAUUAAGGAAUAAAGAAAUAAUUUAGCAUUUCAUUUUGAUGUGAUCGAGUACGUAUAAUUAAUUAUUAACAAGCCAGUGGUACCAAGACAAGAGUGACAAAACUAUUAGUUAAUACUUCAUAUUA